AUGGAUUUCUGGUCGCGCUUGUUAAGCCCCCUCUCCUCCGGGAGCUCUCGUCAGGACCAGGCAAAGGACCCUGCCAAGCGUCUUCAUCGCUUCGAGAAGGAAUAUGCCGGCUUGUUGUCCAUCUGGCGUAAAUCUACGAACCUGUCCCAAGACAUCGACGCCGCCGAAACCGUCGAGAUCAGGCUUCAAGAGCUGACCAACAUCCUCAGCGACGAGAGCCGACGCCCGCUGCCCCAUCCCUGCAUCCAGUAUGCCUCGAUCAAGCAGAUAUACGUGCCCAUCGGCAAGAUUGCCACCUCGUCCUACAAUGAGUGGAUCAUAAAGGAGGCCGUCCUCUUCUUUGCAACGCUCAUCGAGAGCGAGGAGGAGGCUUUUGUUGAAAACCACACCUUUUCCGCCAGCUUGACAAACCUGCUGGUGCGCAUUACAGGUGUCAACAGCGCUCGUCUCGGGCUGGAUACCGAGUCACGCGUCGUGGAGCUAGCUUUCAACAUCACCACCAAGAUCCGCCUGGACCCCGAGAUCCUUCCUGCUUGGUUUAAGACGCAGCAGGAUGUCAACCGUCCGAGUGACAGGGCCGCGAGUGUCCGGGACAAGUUCGCUGGCCGAACUAAGAGGGCUGACUUUCCACUCUUUUACAUCCUGAUGGACUACAUUCACCACGAGGGCAAGGUGGGCGACUUUGCGCGCACAGGUCUUUUAUACAUCAUCGAGGCUGCGUCGAGCUCCGAGUCCCUGGAGCAAUGGAUUGUCGAGAGUGAUUUGUCUACUCUCAUGGCCACCGGGUUGGGAGCUUUAUACAGUCAGCUAAGUCGGAAACUCGUCAUCGAUCACCUGCCGAACAACCUGCCGCCUAUCCUCGCCCUCUCCGACUAUCAACAUCCUACAUCCAACUACGAAAUUGUGAGCUCUUGCUCUAGCGAGUUUCAGUCCCACCUCGAGACCUUUUUGUCCCACCUUUUGUUUUGGCAGGACGUCUUGAAUCAUUGCAAAUCAGUCGAAGUCAAGUCGACACUGCUGGAGCACUUUCAGGUUAUUUUCUUACAGCAGCUUCUAUACCCAUCAUUGCUUGAGUCGUCCGAUAUAGACGGAGGCUCGUCUGUGGCAGUUUUGACCUACCUCCGCCGCAUCAUUGAAUCCCUGGAUCACCCCGACAUGAUCAACCUCAUUCUUCACUACCUUUUAGCCUUGCCCGAAACUGUUCCCUCGCAAGGCCCUCCCUCAGGGACUGCCAUAAGCGCUGCUCGCCAGCGAAAAUCCAUGGAUCUCGCUACCAUGAUGGCGGAAAAGCCCGACACAACUGCGACUCCACUCCUUUUCAACCUGGUGGAUCUUAUUCUUGCCUGUCUCCGAUCGCGCAACCAGCAGACCAUCUACGUGACUCUUCAGCUGGUAUCAGCCAUUGUUAAAAGGCACCAUCGAUAUGCAGUCCUCACCCUCCUCCGAACCGACAUGUUUCCCAAAAACAAUAUCAAUCGAACUGUGGGUGCUCACGAGCAAGAAAUUGAGUACUUGAUGGCCCUGGCAGAGAGCGUUGGCGGCCGAGACGACUUUAACGAGACGUACGAGAGCAUCUUGAAAGACACAAUGGCUCGGCUUGAGAGUCACCCGUGCUCUCUUAGACUUGUCGCCCCUAGGCUGUCACAGCACAACCACAAACUGCCUACCAUUCCAGACAGUCUUCCAGGCGCACCUAAAGACGUACGGGAGCACACUCUUCGUCAUGACGAUCUUUUACUCAACUCUAUUCUUGACUUGAUGGAGAACUUUUUCAUGAAUCCGGUGGAGACGAAUCUGUCAGUCACUGAUACUAUCGUGGACAUGGCGAUAUGCGGCUACAUGAGCAUCGAAGGGUGGCUAGCUCGGAGCCCCGGCAGCUACGUCUAUGUCGAGGACGAGCGGCAGUCAAAGUCUGAUGAAAAGAAGGAAACCAAAUCACAGCAGGAUGCAGAGGGCGAUGAAGAGACACAAACAGAAACGGGAGCAGAUGCCGAGACCGAGAUUGGUGAUCGGUCGCUGGCCGACGAGCUCGGAUCGCAAGACGAUGCUUACUCGGUUGGCGGCUUCUCUACAUUCUCAGACGACACAGAGGCGGAUCGUCUGGACUCGAUGGAAAAGUGCAGGCGUCGGCCAAAGUGGACUCAGGACUCUCUUCCUAGAAUCCUCAUCGUGCUCAAGCGUCUCUGCGACCAAGUGGAGGCGUUCAAGCAGACGGUGCCCCGGUUUGACGAGCUUCUCCAGCAGCGCCGGGAAGCCUUCCAGACUGCGGAUUCAAUCCUGGAUAACCCCCCGCCCCCUCCUGUUCUGAGGACCCCGCCGCCACGACCUAGCUCCAGCCUUGACGAAGUUAUCCGGUCUGUAUCUCCAUCGCGUCCAACUGGACUCGAGGGUUUCGCCCAACGGCUGCUUUCUGAGCUCGGAACGCCAAGCCGCUCUGUGACCCCUAGAGGACGCAAGAAUAGUACUCGAACAUCCGGUGCUUCUACACCCUUUAACGUGUCGGACCUGCUCUCUCCUAGCCCCAUGCCAAACACCUCCAAGCCACUGCCUGACCCCAACAGGAUUGCUCUUAGCCGGAGCCUAUCCCCUUCAAGUGCUCAGAGCGAAGCUGGUGGGCACCAACACCGAGGCAGUCGGCAGGGUUCAAUAGUCGUCCAGCCGGCGGAUUUCGCUGCCGUGGACCAAAGCAUCCUGGCCCGGAUGGUAACCUUGCCAGGCGAUCAUGUCAAGCCGAUACAGUUGGACUUGGAAGGGAAACCAACUCCCGAUGUUCCCGAGUCUUUAGUCUCGGGAGACGAGUUGUCUAGCUUGGACGGAUAUGACAGCAGUGCGGACCGAAGCGAGGUUGCCACUGAGCCAACCGUGGUGACGGAAACGACUGACAACGCCGAGCCAACAAGCCCGACGAAUGAGAACAUGGUGUCGGUAUCGCAUGUUAUUACCAAUGUGCUCAUCUACCAAGGGUUCCUGCUGGAGCUGGCUAGUUUGAUGCAAGUUCGCGCCGGGUUGUUCAACGAGGUGCGCUUUGUUUGA